ACGUCUCACCAGCUCUUCUUCACCUCUCCUUUAGAGAAAGGCACAGAGGCACCCGUCGUUGGGAUUUGUUAGCAUGGACGAGCUGCUCAAGAUCCCGCCCGUGACGCGGACGCUGCUCGGGAGCACGCUUCUCGUCACGCUCCCCGUCCUUCUCCAGCUCUCGAAUCCGUAUCACAUCCUGCUCUGGUGGCCUGCCGUGAUCCGGAGAUGGCAGCUCUGGCGGCCCAUCACUGCCUUUUUCUUCGGCGGCAAGGGUCUGCCACUCCUCUUUGACACCUUUCUGCUGUUCCGUAACAGCACUGACCUCGAGCUCAACACCUUCUACCGACGCACGUCCGAGUAUGCCUGGGCGCUCAUGCUCAUCGGCUCGCUGAUUCUGGCGACAAACUACCCACUGGGGUCCCCCGUCCUCUUUUCGCCCAUGCUCAACGCGCUCACCUACCUCUGGGCGCGCUCGAACCCGCAUGCGGUGGUGAGCAUCUUUGGGCUAAUCAACUGCCCCGCGCCCUACCUCCCCUACGCCUACCUCGCCCUCGACCUUGUCCGCGGUGGACCGGGCCUGGCGGUGCAGAGCGCGACGGGCCUCCUCUCGGCCCACAUCUACUACUACCUCGCCACCAUCCUGCCCGCCACCGACGGCGGUCGUGGCCCACGAUGGUUGCCGGGCGCGCCAGCCUUUCUGCAGAGGCUGCUCCCAGACAGCCUUGACCCUGCCACGGCACACCAGCAGCCGCAGCAGGGUGGUAGUGUCCGCUCGACGGGCUGGGGCGGCACCGCCUUUGCGCCCGCUGGUCGCUCCUUUGGCGACUCUAGCGCACGCACCCCCGCACAGCAGCAGCAGCAGCAAGGUCGAGCGCUCAACUCGUCAAGGUCCGCCGGAGGAGGAGGGAGCUGGAUCCCGUCGUUUCUGCGUGGGGCCUCCUCGUCUGCGUCGGCUUCCAGACCGGGCGCUCGGGCCUCCGGACCCGACCGCGAGGCGAUGCUGGCCGCUGCCGAGGCGCGACUGAGGAGCCAGCGGGAGCAGAGCAUCGCGGGACGCAAUGCCGCCGCGAGCAGGGCCGCGCAGCAGGCAUCUGACUCGCCAGAAGCGCGCGCCCGCGCCGCACGCACCAAUAGCGGCGCCACUAGUGCAGCCGCCGCGGGGAGUGUCCUGGGCGAGCAGGAGCAGAGCCGGACGAGCGCACGGCCAUUUACGAGCACGACGCCGUCCAGCCGAAAGUUCAGCUUUGGAAAGGAGGCAGCAAAGGGCAGCGGCGAAGACAAGGACGAGGAGCAGCAGGAGACGGCCAGCGGCUCGGGCGGCCGAGUGGCGGAGAUCAGGCGGCGGGGCGCAGCACCCAACAACGAAAAUCAAGAGGGAGAGGGCAAGGAUGGCCAGGCCGACAGGGGCCACGACUGGGGCCAAGGCAGAAAGCUGGGAGAGUAAGGAGGAGGAGGAAGAGGCGCAUACAUACACACACACGCCCGCGCGUCGUCACAAUCUUGUGCCCUAAUGUCCAAUUCAUUAUUCAUUCAUGGGUGAUAUGGGCCACUUCUGAAGAUUGUGAUGGUGCUGGUGCUGGAGUUGCUAUCGUGCAAAGGCCCUAAAUUUGUUGAUACAAAGUGUGGUAGGUGUGUCUAAGCGUUCACGCUGCUCUUGUCCCUGCGAGCAAGUCGAGGACGGCUAUCGUCUGUGCCUCGUCCGCCUCGAGGCCCAGGCCGCUCAUCUCGUUGCUCUCCUGCGGCUUGACGAGACCACGGAGAGAAAUGUCGUAGACGACCUCCUCGAUCUUCUUGACGUCGUACUUGAUGCUGUCGAAGCGCUUGCGCAGGCUGUCGUUUUUCAGAUUCAGCAGCUGGAACCCAGCGUGGAGGUCCUUGACAAAGGCGCUGAGGCGGAGGGGCGUCGCGAAGUCGCCCAGCGUGACGCUGUUGACGGCC